UGAUAAACUGAUGACCCGCCGCGGGACUGCAGCUUUCUCUGUGCUGGACACUCAUCAUGUCAUUUACACAGUUUGGUUAUUCAUACCCUGCAGCACCACAGCUUUUAAUGUCUUCUAAUGCUCUGAGCACCUGCUUUGAGACUAGUGGUUCUCUGCUAGACUCUGGAGUGCCGACUUCUCCUCAAAACUCACUAUACUGCCCAAUGUACGAAAGUAGGCUUGUGGCCUCCAGCCGGCAUGAGCUGAUCCCUACUGCGGUCUAUGGCAACUCCUGUUCGAAGAAUCACGUUUACGACUCUUGCAGCACUUACGGUCCAGAUUCAGCCUCAUGCUAUCCUCUUGGUAAACUCAACGAGAAAGAUGGAGUGCAAACCGGACAUUCAAGAGUUACCCAAAGCUCUGCGUAUUAUCCUUAUGACUACCCAAUUGGACAAUACUCAUAUGAUCGAUAUGGCUAUGGAUCUGUAGAUGUGGGGACAAGAAGAAAGAAUGCCACCAGAGAGACCACCAGCACAUUGAAAGCAUGGUUGCAGGAACAUAAAAAGAAUCCAUAUCCCACAAAGGGCGAGAAGAUCAUGCUGGCCAUCAUCACUAAGAUGACUCUCACGCAGGUCUCCACCUGGUUCGCCAACGCACGCCGGAGACUCAAGAAGGAGAAUAAGAUGACGUGGUCACCACGUAACAAGAACUCCGAUGAGAAGGAGUGUGACGACGACCAAGAAGAUCUGGAUGAAGCGCAGGAGGAGCCAAUAAAAACUGAACAAGAUUUCAAUGACAACCAUGGAAAGGACGAUACAGAGCAACUUCACAGCGAUCUGGAUGAUUUCGAUCUAGUGGAAUCCGAUGGCUCUGAGUGCGAAUCCAAACCAUCUUUUGUUGUGCGCGUUCACUCAGAAACCAGCGAACAUCCAGAAACCCACUUCAAAGAUGCUUUUCAUGAAUCCGUUACCGAGCUUACGAGAGGUGUCCACGAAUUUAGCGAAGACCGUAUGAGAGCACCUGCUGAGGAUCACCAAAUGGCAAAGUUUUACCUUCAACAAGGCCAAAAGACCAAUGAGACCAAGCCGAAGAUCUGGUCACUUGCACAGACCGCUACUUCGUUAAACCAAGUCGAUUAUUCAUCAUGCAUGCAUAAACGAACAGCGUGCCCUUCUUCAAACUGUGACUCCGAUUCAGACAUCACAAAGAGGAAACAAGAGUCUCCAGUGGCCACUCUGAGGAACUGGGUAGAUGGAGUCUUUCACGAUCCUCUAUUCAGGCACAACAACUUAAACCAAACUUUCAGCAACUCCACAGAGUUAUGGACUGAUGCCAUUUCCUCACAGAAUAACUACCAUGAACACUCAGGAACACCUAUUACUUCCUCUCAUACUUAA